CUUCUUCCGGUCGGGCCGAGGGGCGGCUGUGUACGUUGAAGGACACCGGCUGUGGAAUUUGUGGUUUUGGCCAGAUUGAAAUCAUGGCAGGUGCAGAAAAUGAUGCCCAAUUCCAGUUCACUGGUAUUAAAAAGUAUUUCAACUCUCACACUCUUACAGGUAGAAUGAACUGUGUACUGGCCACAUAUGGAAGCAUUGCUUUGAUAAUCUUAUAUUUCAAGUUAAGGUCUAAAAAAACUCCAGCUGUGAAAGCAACAUAAAUGGAUUUUAAACUGACCUCACCUGUUAAGUUCCCAUGCCUGGAGAAGCUAUUGUCAACUCAUCCUGUGAUAGUCAAUUUGUACAAUAAAUUAUGAACCUG